GUUUUGUUACUACUACUACUCCGUAAACAAGAUGAUGUCGAAGAGGAAGUUGCAGAAAAUUAUGACGAUGCCGAUUAACCUGAUAUUCAGGUACCUCACUGAGAAGACGAGGAUUGUUGUGUGGUUAUACGAUCAUAAAGAUCUUCGUAUGGAGGGCGUCAUCUUGGGUUUUGACGAAUAUAUGAAUGUUGUGUUGGACGAUGCGGAAGAGGUUAACACUAAGAAGGAUACUCGGAGGCCUGUGGGGCGGAUCCUUCUAAAAGGAGAUAAUAUAACACUGAUGCACGCGGCUGGUAGUAGUAGUGCUGCUGCAUAG